AUGGAAGAAGUUACUGCCGCGGAUCGCGACUACGACUCCAUCCCACCGCGCGACUCGACCGACGCACCCUCCCCAUCCGCCAUCGCGCCCCAUGGACACGGCACCGACGACGACGAUAAUGCGCCCCUGGCCGCCAACGACGGAGAGCAGCUUGCCUCUGUAAAUGGCCAUGAUGGUGGCGUCAUUGGGCGGCCUGCAAAACGGCGAAAAUUAGAAGACUCGACCACCACGCCACGUCGCUCGACAUCACGCGCUGCCUCGCCCCCGUGGAAGUCAUUUGUCGCAGAUGGCCCUACGACCGUCUUUGAAAAUGGCGUUAGGAAGUCAUCGCGUGUGAACAGAGACACUGCGCCGCCCACACCCGAGCCCACAAAGCCCAUCUCUCGCCCGGCGACCAAGGCAACGCAGACCAACGGCACCCCUAAGAGUGCGGCCAGGCGCGAGUCGCGCAACGGCCCAGGGCCGACAUCGGUCCCGAAAGGGAAGGCGGCAUCUGCCCUUGCUAGAAAGGCGUCUACACAGUCUUUGACUACGCCUGCCCGCAAGUCUGAGCGAAAUACAAAGACUUCUGCUCUCGCCAAACAGACACCAGUCACGACGCCGCAAUUACAAAACGGGUCACCUGGCGGCGGAGUUCGCAAGCGGGGCACUCGCCAGCGGAGGGGCACGCAAAUACCGACUGACCCGCCAGGUGAUGAAUUCAUGGAUACGCCCGACACCAAUGGUCACGACCCCGACGCCGGCCUAUACGCAUCGCCCGAUGGCUCCAAUCCAUCAAUGCCGGCCCCGCGAUUGCGACUACGGCUCCGAAAGCCCGACCCCCCGAACCGUCAUCCCCAUCACGCCCCGCCCAAGUCGCAGUUCGCUUCACUUGAAGAAUGGCUACAACAAGACGACCCGUUGGAAGGCGAGGAGUCGCUGCGCAUAACACAGGAAAAGGCCCAAGACGAGGCACAGCGCCGGUUGCGAAUUGUUGAAGCGGCGGAGCACGGAGUACUGAGCCAAGAACGAUGUAGUGUCUACGCUCCUGAAGCUGCUCCAGAACCGCCAGCUCAGUACGGCCAUUGGGACCAUGUGGUUGCGCAUGCUUUGCACUUCAACAAGCUGCUCAAAGAAGAGAAGGCGUUUCAUCGCCGGACGGCAAAGAUUCUGGCUAGAGAAGCCUACGAAUUUUGGAAAAAUAAGUUCAAGCGGAAGAGUCAGGAUGAAAUCGAACAAGAAGAGGCGGACCGGCAGGUGGUUAGAUAUAAGCAGGUGGUCAAGGAUGUCAAAGACGCGUGGGGCCUGGUCAAGGUUGAAAUUGACAAGGAGCGUGUGGCCAAGUACGAGGAGGAACAGCUACAGCUUGGACACAAAGCCAUGGACGACAUGUUCAACCAGGCACAGGAAAUUCUUGGAGGCCGUACUGCUGGUGAUGGUGCAUCCUCGCUGAUGAGCGAAGAUCGAGAUUUCGACGAUAUGGAGGAUUUCGAGAGCGCGGCCUCAAAUGCAUCUGAACAACAGCUCGAUGACGAUGUCAUGUCUUCGAGUUCGGAUAGUGAACCAGAAAACGAGCAGGACGAUGAUGCGAAUCUUACCGCCGAACAGCUACGUGAGAAGUAUGGUCAGCUUCCGGAUUUACCGGUGACUAGUUCCGAGGACGAAGAUGAUUCUGGAGAUGAAGAAGAGGAGGAAGGCACGCCUGAACCGACCCCUGACCCAGACAUCGAAGCUGAAGAUCUGGAAGAGCCCCCGGAAACGCUCGCGAACGGAUUCCGUGGCCAUGAAGACAAUGAGGAUGAGAAAAAGCCAGGUUACAUUGACCCAGCUACUGUAGAACUCGAUCAGGUUGAUGACGCCCUCAUGGACUCAGAAAAUGACGAUAAAACCUCGGAAUCCGGUAGCGAAGCCUGGUCAAGCAAUGAAGGCUCUGGGACAGAAGACGACGAAGGAGAUGACGCCGACGACUCGGAGGCAGAAGACGAUGACGAAAGUGGAGAAGAGGACAUUGGCUUGAUGGGUUUCUUGGCACCCAAGGACGUGAAGAAGCUGAAAGAAGCUGCAAAAACCGCAAUCGAGAAGAAUGAGCCGGAGAGCGAGAAACAAACAGCAGAGCAGGUCAAUGGCCAUGCCGCUAUGUCCAUGAAAGACGAGGAGGGGAAACCUCAUAUCAAUGGGCAUGGUGCAGUUGCCGUAAAUGACGAACCGUGUGUGAACGGGAACGCGGCACCAUCAGAGCCUACUCCUUCCAUUGAGGUCGCCGAGCCCCAACCAUCGGUCGAACCCACCGAGGCUACUCCAAUGGAAGAUGUUGUGCAGUCUAAAAGUGUUUCUCGGUCUCGUCAUGCAUCAUCACCGCCGAGGACCGAAGUCCCGUUCCUUCUUCGAGGCACACUCCGAGAAUACCAGCACGACGGAUUGGACUGGCUUGCGAAUUUGUACGAGUCCGACACCAAUGGUAUCCUAGCAGAUGAAAUGGGUCUUGGUAAGACUAUACAAACCAUCUCACUUUUGGCCUAUCUUGCUGUCCGCCACGAGAUCUGGGGACCGCACUUGGUUGUGGUACCCACGAGUGUCAUGCUCAACUGGGAAAUGGAGUUCCGAAAAUUUUUGCCUGGUUUCAAAAUCCUCACUUACUACGGCGAUAUUAACGAACGGAAACGGAAGCGAUUGGGAUGGCGCAAUACGGGCAAGGACAUGUACAACGUUGUCAUCACCUCGUACCAACUCAUACUUCAAGACGCAGCAGCCUUCAAGAUGCGUCCUUGGCGCUACCUCGUGCUUGAUGAAGCCCAUAAUAUCAAGAACUUCAAGUCCCAGCGUUGGCAGACUAUGCUCAAUCUUCGGACUGAACGAAGACUGCUGUUGACUGGAACGCCUCUCCAAAAUAACAUCGAUGAGCUUUGGUCGUUGCUGUACUUCCUCAUGCCGGCUGGCUUUGCUGGAGAAGGUCGCAUUGCGGGCUUAGAGGAAUUCACACUUGCCCUAAAGAACCCUACAUCCCAAAUCUUGGAUCAGGGCCGUCAACAGCUUGACGCAGAAGCACAAAAGAUUGUCAAGCGACUCCACGAGGUCCUCAGGCCGUAUCUGCUCCGAAGGCUAAAGUCUGAAGUCGAAAAGCAGAUGCCUGGGAAAUAUGAGCAUGUAGUCUACUGCAAGCUCUCCAAACGGCAACGUCAGCUCUACGAUGGGUUCAUGGGCCGCGCAUCGACAAAGGAGAUCUUGUCGUCAGGCAACUACAUGUCCAUUAUCAACUGCUUAAUGUCACUGCGAAAAGUCUGCAAUCAUCCUGAUCUGUUUGAAACGCGAGCCAUUGUAACAUCCAUGGCAAUGCCAAAAUCCGUUGCCGCGCAGUAUGAGAUCAAAGACCUCCUUAUCCGCAAGCGUCUACAAGAAGGCAUGGAAGACAAGAGAAUAAGCUUGGAUGCUCUGAAUCUCAAUUUCGCGCGACGCGAGCAGACACAGUUAGGGCAUGCUCGACGUACUUAUCCGAUCCGUGCUACACGGCCUUUGGAAGACCUGAUUGAGCGUCAAACUCGACGCAUCAAUAAACCAGUCGAGGCAGGUACGUCUCCGCUGCAAUCCGCAAUGGCGGCAAUGGCCAAACGAGAGCAGGUGGCUGUCCGAGACCAUCUGCAGACAUGUGUAGCUCUUACACGCGCUCGCACCCAGUUCAUGCCAAUAUACGGAAAGGACAUUAUCGACGCAGUGACGGUCGACUGGCACGAGUAUACUUUUGGUGCCAUCACCGAAGGCAAAAAGGUACCCAGACCUCCACUUUACCGGCCACAUCACGCUCCCCCUCCCAUGUACCAUGGCUUUGGCCAGGCGCAUCUGCAGCCGAGGCCAGAGGAUGCGAUGCAGUACGACAUCGUUCAGCGACAUCGUGGUCGUCUCGGAUUCAGGUCACCAUGCUCUCAAAGAGUCAUAUCACAAUGGCAUGAUCAACAAAUCACACACUUCUUCGACAUGAUUCCAACACUGGAGCAACGUGCUGAAGCCUUUGAGCCUCUAAUCACGCGCUUCACAUGUGUCACGCCCGCUGUUGCUGCCGAAGAGCUUGCCCCACUAACCCUAUCCAAACGUGGUGUUGACCUCAUCCGGGCCUCAGAUGCAGCUCACCAACCAGAUCCCUUCCACUCGUCGCGUAUUCGCCAAUCCAUUGCCUUUCCUGAUAAACGCCUGCUUCAGUACGAUUGCGGAAAGCUGCAACGCCUUGCUACGCUACUUCGGGACUUGCAAGCUGGUGGUCACCGUGCUCUCAUCUUCACUCAGAUGACAAAGGUCCUCGAUAUCCUGGAACAGUUCCUCAACAUCCACGGGCAUCGCUACUUGCGUCUUGACGGGUCUACAAAGAUCGAACAGCGCCAGAUCCUUACCGAUCGCUUCAAUAAUGACCCGCGCAUCUUAUGCUUUAUCUUGUCCUCGCGAUCCGGUGGUCUCGGUAUUAAUCUUACGGGUGCUGACACUGUCAUCUUCUACGACCUUGAUUGGAACCCAGCAAUGGACAAGCAAUGCCAGGAUCGCGCUCAUCGAAUUGGCCAAACGCGCGAUGUUCAUAUUUACAAGUUUGUGAGCGAGUACACGAUCGAAGCCAACAUACUUCGCAAGUCUAAUCAAAAGCGUCUCCUCGAUGAUGUCAUCAUACAAAAAGGUGACUUCACCACUGACACAUUCAACAAAGUCACCUGGCGAGACGCUUUGGACGAAGACAUGGGUAUCGAUACAACUGACGAAGCGGGUGCAGCCAUGGAACGUGUACUUGGCGAGAAGAUUGGCCUCUUAGGUGACGCACGUGUCAUGGGCAAUGUCGAAGACACGGAAGAUCGUACUGCGGCAUCUAUUGCGCAAAAGGAAAUUGUCGACGAAAUUCAAGAAGACAAGGUUGACUUCAACGAAAGCGUCAAUGCAACACGAGCUGCUUCAGAAGCUGCUGCUGCCUCUACCUCCAAGGAUGAAGAGCUGGAUAUCCAUGGCAAUGAGAAGUUGAAGAGACAUGUUGACGAGUACAUGCUGAGCUUGUAUCGUGAUGAGUUUGGCAAAGAGCCGUAUCGGCCGCCAACGGAUCGGCAAAAGAGAAACCGCAAAGGGCAGGAUCCACAUGUAAGGCAGCGCAAAAAGAAGUAUUAACCUCAAAUAAUUUAUGUAUGAACGGUAAUUUCUUUUAUCUGUUUGCUAAAAGGAACAACAUAGUAAAAGAGGGUUCUUCUUGUAUUAGUACGUUGUGUGAAGGUAUGAUGUAUGUAUAUAUCAAAGAGGAUAGUAUAAAUAAGAAUAAGACGUGCAGUACCACU